CGGCGGGGGGGCCGCUCCGCAGUUCGCGGUCUGCCGGCGCCCCGGCACACACCGAGCGCUGGAGGCUCCGCCGCGCCGCCUGCCAACCCGGGAUCUACCUCCGUGAUUUUCUAGCCCCGUUUUUCUUGGUUUUGGUUUUUUUUUUUUUUUUCCUCCCCAUCACCCGUUUUCCUCAAUCUUGGAUAAUUCUUGGGGUGCUGGGGAAUUUUGGGAUUUUUUUCUAAGAGGGGGGUGUCUGGGCAUCUCCCCCCCGCGCCCGCUGCCUUGGUCCACCUGCCCUUGCGCCUUUUUUGUUUUCUUUCCCCCUGUCUCUCCACCAAACCCGGGCUGAUGUGCUGUGCGAGAGGCUGGAAAUGGAAGUGUUGAUGCUCUGGCUUUUCCCCUGGAUAUUUCAGUGCGUUUCGGUGCGGGCGGACUCCAUCAUCCACAUUGGUGCCAUUUUCGAAGGCAAUGCUGCCAAGGACGAUGAAGUGUUCAAGCAGGCGGUGUCGGAUCUGAACCUCAAUGACGACAUCCUCCAGAGCGAGAAAAUCACUUACUCCAUCAAGCUCAUAGAGGCCAACAACCCCUUCCAUGCGGUGCAGGAAGCCUGCGACCUGAUGACCCUGGGCAUCUUGGCGCUGGUGACGUCGACGGGCUGCGCAUCAGCCAACGCGCUGCAGUCGCUGACGGACGCCAUGCACAUCCCGCACCUGUUCGUGCAGCGCAGCACGGGCGGCUCCCCGCGCACGGCCUGCCAGCUCAACCCCAGCCUGGAGGACGAGGAGUACACGCUGGCCGCGCGCCCGCCCGUGCGCCUCAACGACGUCAUGCUCAAGCUGGUCACCGAGCUGCGCUGGCAGAAGUUCAUCGUCUUCUACGACAGCGACUACGAUAUACGUGGACUGCAGGGAUUUCUGGACCAGGCCUCCAGGCUGGGACUUGAUGUAUCAUUACAAAAAGUGGACAGGAACAUCAGCAGAGUGUUUUCCAACCUUUUCACCACCAUGAAAACGGAGGAGCUGAACCGCUACCGGGACACCUUGCGAAGGGCCAUCCUCCUCCUGAGCCCACGGGGAGCCCAGACUUUCAUUAAUGAGGCUGUGGAAACCAACCUUGCAUCAAAGGAUAGUCACUGGGUCUAUGUAAAUGAGGAAAUCACUGAUAAUGAAAUAUUAGAGUUGGUGCAUAGUGCUCUGGGGAGGAUGACAGUGAUUCGGCAGAUUUUCCCUCUGGCAAGGGACAACAACCAGAGGUGCAUGAGGAACAACCACCGAAUAUCCUCACUGCUCUGUGAUCCACAGGAAGGCUACCUUCAGAUGCUGCAGGUUUCCAACCUGUACCUGUAUGACAGUGUGCUCAUGCUGGCCAAUGCUUUCCACAGAAAACUGGAGGACAGGAAAUGGCACAGCAUGGCAAGUCUGAACUGCAUGAGGAAAUCCACCAAACCUUGGAAUGGAGGAAGAUCCAUGCUAGAGACUAUUAAGAAGGGCCAUAUAACUGGGCUGACUGGUGUUAUGGAGUUCAGAGAAGAUGGAGCCAACCCCUAUGUCCAAUUUGAAAUACUGGGCACCAGCUACAGCGAAACAUUCGGCAAAGACGUGCGGAGGCUGGCGACGUGGGACUCUGAGAAAGGCCUGAACGGCAGCCUCCAAGAGCGGCGUCUGGGCAACGACCUGCAGGGAGUGACACUCAAAGUGGUGACUGUCUUGGAAGAACCUUUUGUGAUGGUGGCAGAGAACAUCCUUGGGCAGCCAAAACGAUAUAAAGGAUUUUCCAUCGAUGUCCUGGAUGCCCUGGCCAAGAAUCUGGGCUUCAAGUAUGAGAUAUAUCAAGCUCCUGAUGGCAAGUAUGGACACCAGCUCCAAAACAGCUCCUGGAAUGGAAUGAUUGGAGAACUCAUUAACAAGAGAGCAGACCUGGCCAUCUCAGCCAUCACCAUAACGCCCGAGCGGGAGAGCGUGGUGGACUUCAGCAAGCGCUACAUGGACUAUUCCGUGGGCAUCUUAAUCAAGAAGCCCGAGGAGAAGAUCAACAUCUUCUCCCUCUUCGCUCCUUUCGACUUCGCGGUGUGGGCCUGCAUUGCGGCGGCCAUCCCCAUCGUGGGCGUGCUGAUCUUCGUGCUGAACCGCAUCCAGGCGGUGCGGGCGCAGGGCGCGGCGCAGCCCAGCCCCUCCGUGUCCUCCACCCUGCACAGCGCCAUCUGGGUCGUGUACGGAGCCUUCGUGCAGCAAGGGGGUGAAUCCACUGUCAAUUCUGUGGCGAUGCGCAUUGUCAUGGGAAGCUGGUGGCUCUUCACCCUUAUUGUGUGCUCUUCCUACACAGCAAAUUUAGCAGCAUUUCUCACAGUAUCAAGGAUGGAUAAUCCCAUAAGAACAUUUCAGGAUCUGUCCAAACAAAUGGAUAUAUCUUAUGGCACAGUCAGGGACUCAGCAGUGUAUGAAUACUUUAAAGCAAAAGGGACCAACCCUUUGGAGCAGGAUAACACAUUUGCUGAACUGUGGAGGACUAUCAGUAAGAAUAAUGGGGCAGAUAAUUGUGUAUCAAACCCUUCUGAAGGCAUCAGGAAGGCAAAAAAGGGAAAUUAUGCUUUCCUGUGGGAUGUGACAGUGGUGGAAUAUGCUGCACUGACAGAUGAUGAGUGCUCUGUGACAGUCAUUGGAAACAGCAUCAGCAGCAAAGGAUAUGGGAUAGCACUCCAGCAUGGAAGUCCCUACAGAGAUCUUUUCUCCCAGAGGAUCCUAGAGUUGCAAGAAAGUGGAGAUUUGGAUGUUCUUAAGCAGAAGUGGUGGCCACGGAUGGGACGCUGUGACCUGAAUAGCCAUACCAAUGCACAGACAGAUGGGAAGGCACUCAAGCUGCACAGUUUUGCAGGAGUUUUCUGCAUUUUAGCAAUAGGCCUUCUUCUUGCUUGCUUGGUGGCAGCAUUGGAGUUGUGGUGGAACAGCAACCGUUGUCAUCAAGAAACACCGAAAGAGAUACAGCAUGGGCAGCAGCAGUGCAAACUUCCCCUCAUUGCCCCACCAAUGUGCCUCAGCCCUGACCUGGAGAGACCACCUUUAGGGGACAAAGAAGUGAACCUGGAGCAGGUGCACAGACGCAUGAACAGUUUAAUUGAUGAAGACAUAGCCCACAAGCAGAUCUCCCCAGCGUCCAUCGAGAUCUCGGCGCUGGAGAUCGGGGGCAUGCAGCCAGCCCAGACCCUGGAGCCGGUUCGCGAGUACCAGAACACGCAACUUUCUGUCAGCACCUUUUUACCAGAACAGACAACUCAUGGUGCCAGCAGGACACUGACAGCUGCCUCGGGCAGCAACCUGCCGCUGCCCCUGAGCAGCUCAGCCACCAUGCCCUCCAUACAGUGCAAACACAGGUCACCCAACGGAGGACUAUUCCGGCAGAGCCCCGUCAAAACCCCGAUCCCAAUGUCAUUCCAGUCCGUGCCGGGGGGAGUCAUCCCAGAGGCGAUGGAGCCCUCGCACGGAACAUCCAUAUGAUGAAAACAAACAGUACAAACAACCAGCAGAGAUUUUUAAUACAAAAUUUAAAAGAAACAAAAAAAAAAAAAAAAAAGAAAAAGAAAAUGAACUCUUACAUUUUUCUUGUAUAUACUUGUAAAUAAUGAAAGAAUGAAGUGGGGUAAAAGUGUAUUUUGAAUAUUCCCAAUUUUCGAAGUAAGUAAAAAACAAAACAAAAAACAAACAAAAAUGUAUGAAUGACUUUGUAAAUUUUGUUCUAUAUGAAUAAAAAGGCAAACUACUUGUGGUCGUUCUCAAGUGCCAAAGAAGACCUGUUACUGGGACUGAGGGCCAUACUUUUCUUUUUUCCCAUGGAUUUCAACACUUAUUCCCUUACAGGUAUGGUAUUUUUAAGAGCAAAAAAAUUAUCUCUUUCUUGCUAGAAAAAUUCACCAUGCUCAGAUUUCUCCUUUCCCCAGAACCCUGUUUUAUAGCCAAGAUGACAAUUCACUCAGAGAACUUAGCAGCUGGUAUUAGCAUAGCAGUAAAAAAUGCUUUAAAGGUGAAUUAUAACUCAAAUCCAACAAACAAUAAACAGACAAUACUUUCCUUCUAACAAGGAUCUAAACUUCCACACAGUUUCUAAAUUUAAGCACAGGAUUAUUGGAUUGUGGUUUUACUGUCUGCUGUGCUGUGUGGCUCUUUUUAUUUAACUUUCUGUGUUUUGUUAUACAUAUAUAUAUAAUAUAUAUUAUAUAUAUUAUGACGUAUAUAUUAUAUAUAUAAAUGCUUUGAUGAACAACAGGUUUUAGGUUAAGGGAAAAGCUUUUAAGAAGAACUGCUCAGCUUUUUUGUUUCUUGUGUACAUGACUGAAAAUGGGGAGGAACCAAUGGAGUGAGGCAAGGAGGAACUAUAAAGGCAGGAGAUAAUGGCACUGCAGUGCCUGUGCCCUCUGGUGCCAUCUCUUUCUCUAAGAUUUCCCUGAAUUUGUUGUAUAAUGGAUGCAAUGCUCCCUGCUGAAAUCAUAUCCCUGGAUGACAAGACUAUAAGCACAGCUCUGCUUUUUUUCCAUUGAUUUUGUAAAGAGAAACAUUUUAAUGGCCAUGUCUAUAAUUGUAGUAGAAAUGGCUGUACAAAGCCUUUUUUUUUUUUGCUGUAAAACACAGAGGACAAAGAUAGAGCAACACAUAUCACUUAUUUAAUGUCUUGUCAUGCAAAUAUUACCAGUGCAAUUCGUAUGACAAGAAAAAACCAAACCAAAAAAUCUAACAUUGUUUCCUUCCCAAACUGAAGUUUAAAUGCCAAACAUAAUGGAUCCCUGUUCCCCCUCCUGCUCUUCCUGGACCAUCACUCUCUUUCAAAAUUGGGAUAAUUUAAUGUCUUCUCAAAUUUAUCCCUAAUACUAGAUUGUAAUUUCCCUUUGCAGUUGGAUUUCUUCACUUUAUUAGAGCACUGCUGUUUGGAAAAGGCUGUAGAUCCUGGUGCGGCAAAAUCACUAUCUACAUUAGGGUGAAAAAUUGUUUGAACAGAGGUAAAAAUGCAUUCCAAUCCCAGGAAUGUCAGCAGGAAAUCUGGGUCAGGUUUUUGGGUAAAUAAACAUUCCAUUCACUUCUCCUAAUUUGAUUUGCAUAAUUACACAACACGUAUAUUUAUGGGGUGAUUAAAGUCCCCACAUUUUGACAUUUCUACUUGAAGCAGUAGGGAGGAAAAGUCAAACUGUGACAUAAACCCAGCCUUAUAGAAGAGAAGAGUCUAUUCAGCCUAACACUUUUUAAAUGAGGAAUAUUGAUGAUGGGCUUACAGGAGGAGUACUCUUAGAGGGAUUCAUUUGUCAAUUGUCAAGCUGGUUUCUCAUGAAGAUGGUGCAAUUUUGUAGCUUGGCACAAAUUGCACUAUUUGCUGACUGGAUUUAUGCUAUUUGGAGGUUUAGCCCACAAAAACUUUGGAUUUUUUUUUUCUUCUUUUGUCAUAUUGUUUUUCUUUUUGUUGUCUUAACAAACCUAUGACCAUAGGAAAAAAAUAUCUUCUAUAAAUACACCAAUUAGUUAUGGCAGAAAUAGCUGCACUAAAAGACUAUAUACACACAGAAAUUUGUAAAGAUGCUUUGGAGAAAGAGUGCAAGCAUUUGUGUUGGAAAAAUCUCUCAUUUUGUGACCAAUUUAAGAUUUUAGCUGCAGCAGAGGAACGUGCUGCAGAAAAGGUGCAAGGAGGUGCUUGAGUGGCCACAAGGGUGUGAUCUGUUGUGGCACACAAACCUGCUGGAGGUGUCCUGAGCUGCUGCUGUGCUGUUACUCACAAAACAUGCUGCUGACUUGCUGCAGCAAAGCCCAGAGCAGGGGCUUGAAACCCUCUUUUACUGAGGCAUCUUUGCUUUCAUGUUAGAUCUUUUUCAUAUUAUAGACUAAAGCACUGUAAUUUUAACUGACCUGCAUUUGUGGAAGAAAUUGUGAAUACAAUAUAUUUUGGGGAUAAACUUUAGCAUUUUUCAUAUUCAGUGUUCUCCUCCUGGCUUACUCUUGCUGUGUGCUGUAAAGUUUGGAAGUGUGGUCUAACAUAUCAAUGAUGUCAGAGCUCCUUUAUUCUCAUGCACAGGAUGUGACUCACCUGUUUGAAUGCUUUGCAGGACUACAUUUACGAUGAGCAGCAUCUUGAAGAAUCAAACCACGCAGCCCUCUUUCAGAAAAGCAUUUAAGCAUGUGUGAGCCCUGCGGGGUGCACCUGCAUUAUGCACAGGUGAAGUGCAUUGCUGAUUAAUGGUGGAGUUAAAACACAGGUCUCAAAUUAAAUAUGUGCCUAAUUUUAAGCAGGUGAGUGUGCUGGCCAAACUACUUGGGAGUACUCAGCUGCUUUAAGUUAACCUUAAGUUUUGAGUGCUUUGCUGCACCAGGGUCUACACUGCAAAACUAGGAAUCUGCAAUGGAUCUCUCACUGUCUAGAAAUUAUUUGUUUAUAUAAAAGUUAGCAAGUCAUAGGUUGAGCCUGUCAGCCCUGACAGGAAGCUGUUAAAUCCUUCAUGUGCUAGUGGUUUGGUUUUAGAUUAUUUAAGCAAAUCACCAGGUUCUCCUUGAACAUAAACAAUGUUUCUUUCCCCAUAACUUUCAGUUUUGAAAGUAAAUGCAGAAUGUAUGAUUUUCAUA